AUGGAGCGGUUUUGGUUGAUUCUGGGUAGGUUGUUGACGGCUCAGAGUUGCCAAAAGAGUUAUGCUGACAAGCGGGUUUGGCCUUUGGUAUUUAUGGUCGGCUACCAGGUAUGGUUGAGGGUCUCGCCCUUGAAGAGUGUCAUGAGGUUCGGGAAGAAGGUCAAGCUCAGCCCUAGGUUUAUUGGUCCUUUUGAGAUCCUAGAUCGAGUGAGGGAGGUGUCUUUCAGACUUACCUUGCCACCUAGUCUAUCCUCUGUACAUCUUGUAUUUCAUGUCUGGAUGCUACGGCGCUACAUUAAAGAUGAGUCUUAUGUGAUUUCCCAUGAUUCGGUUGAGUUGAGACCAUAUUUGACAUAUGAGGAGGAGCCGAUGGCUAUUUUAGAUUGGCAAAUCAGGAAAUUGAGGACUAAAGAGAUAGCUUCGAUGAAGGUCCAGUGGCGGCAUUGGCCCAUGGAGGAGGCUACUUGA